CGCAGCUUGAUGACGCAUUCGUUCUAAUAAAUACGUCUUGUGUAGCAACUCUGAAAGGCUAGGCUAGCUCAACGGCAAUAAGAGAUUGCUUGAAGGUCGUAUUUCCCGAAAAGCAACAAACUUGAAAAUGACAUACAGAAGAGACAGAAGUAUACGGGAGGUGUAUGAAGACCGCUUUAUGCAAGAAAGGCCAGGUCCGUAUCCAAGGGCAGCCGGAGCCGUCGAGAGGAGAGGCCCGUUUGGCAGACCGGAGGAUGAGUACGGUCGAGGCGGGUAUGAAUACGAAGGAGGUCCCCGUUUUUACCCGAAUGGAGGCGGCCCUCGAGGUUUCCAUGACGAUCAGAGGGGCUACCAAGUGGAGGGCCACCACUUUCCUGAGCGCAGAGCAAUCCCACCGGCACGAAGGGAAGACUUUCCCUACAGAGUACCGAGAGAAGACCCUCAUUCGGGACGAUCCUUGGAGUUUGGUGCUCGUGCACCUCCACCUCCCAGUGUGAGAAGCCAGGGCGUUUAUCCAGCUGCCAGAUCGCUGCCAGAAAGCGGGGAAGACACAUUAGUGCAAGCCAUCCGCAACCUGGACAGAGGGGAGGAAAGGGAUCCUUACAGGAGGAAGGCAGCCCUGUUUCCUCCCCUAAGAGAACGCUCCCCUGUCCGCCGCGAGGUGGCCCGCUCCCCUCACAGUCGCUCUGGCUCCAGCGUGAGCAGCAGAGGCUACUCGCCAGACAGGGCAAAGAACCUGCCUUUUUCCACACAGCAAGGCAAGAAUUUGGACGGUCCAGAGAGUCACACAGGUGUUUCUGAGCACCUGUGGGGGGCGCUCUUUCCUCAGGGCGGACAUGACAUUUUGGGGUAUGAAGAAACUUAUACUGAGUCCAAGAUUAUUGUUCAAGCUUCACUGACCCGAGAAGCAUCACCACAUCUCAAUGCUGCCACCGCCUUGUUUCACAGCUACUGUGUUCGAGACAAAAUUCCUGGCUUGUCACGAGAAGGCUCCCCACAGAGUGCGACAUCAAACAAGGAGGAAAGUAAUCCUCCAGAGGCAGAAAAGGAGGAACCAAUCGUGGCUCCGGUCACUGAAGACAGCAAAAAGUCUACAGAGAACCUAGAAGAGAGGCGAACCAUGGCCAUCGCAGCCAAAGCCAAGGAGAUAGAAAAGGUCUACAGGCAGGAUUGCGAGACGUUCGGAAUGGUGGUCAAAAUGUUGGUGGCAAAGGAUCCCAGCUUGGAGAAGCAGCUGCAGGUCCCGCUCAGGGAGAACCUCGGGGAGAUACGCGAGCGCUGCCUGGAGGACCUCAAGCAUUUCAUCAAAGAGCUGGAUGAGGACGUCCGGUUUCCAGAACCCUUCGUCUGUGACUCUGUCACUCCUGCCAUGACCCAGAAACUCUUAAAAACCGGAGUGAACCACAGCUAAUCCUCUUUCUGGUGCGCUACGUCUACGUCCGCUCCGAUUAAUGUGAGACUGAGAAUUUUUAUUUUAUUUUUAUUUUUUUCGGAUUAACAGCUCAGAUUUAGGAUUGCUGGACUUGAAUAUACUGCAGGUCACAGCAACCUGAGGAACUCAUCGCAGGAGCGAACAGUGUUAUUUUUGAAUGGACCAUUUUUACCUUCAAGUUUUCUAUGAAAAAUGUAAAAAAAUUAAAGUUUUUUUGUUUAAAUAUUUAAAAACUGCAAGUCCUCCAUGGCUCUUAUGAUGUUUAGUAUGCCAUUCAGUUUUGAAGCAUGAUCUCACAUUUAGAAAGUUUUGUUUUCUGAUGUGUAACUUGAAUAAAUAUGUAUCACUCGGUGCUGCAAUAGACAGAAAUCAAGUCGUCGUAAAAAUUUGUACUGUUAAAAUAUUUGAAAUUGCCUUUCUCAAUCUGACAUUUAUGAAAAAACAAAAUGCACAAAGCUUGACCAUUUUUUGAUAUUCCCGAAAUAUACUAAAAGUCAGAUCCAUCCUUCUGUCUUGCAAAGAUAUAAUCUUUUCCAUUUUGAAAAGUGGCUAAAAAGGAAAAAGGUCUUUCAGAUUCAUACCUCAGGGAAACCAGAAGUUAUGGAUUACUAAUCGAAAGUUUCUAGAUAGGCCUACUUAAAGUAAAAAAUCCUCAUGCAGUUCAUGUGCAUUCUCAGAGGUAUGAAGAUUAUCACACAUUUACCUGAAUGACUUGGCACGUUCCAUUUUUCCCCCCAUUUUAAGAACUUUCUAAGCAAAUUAUGUCUCGUAUGUUUGCAGAAUAGGAAGUCGGGGAUGUCUCCCCAUUUUGAAGUUACAAAGAGAAAUUUCCUGGGGUUUUUUUGUUGUCCCUUUUUGUAACUCAGCGACACAAGAAGUCAUGGAUCACUCGUAAAGUUUUCUGACGAACCUGAUCAGCUUAAAAAACUAGAAAUUAAAGACGAUACUUCAGCUGUGUGUAUUUAGAAGGAGAAGUGCUUAACUUUUAUUGAAAGGGCUUUUGUUAAAGAAAUUGUCAUUCACUACCAAGUGAAUGACUGUCACUUGGUAGUUUUUAUAAAUCCUCACCCGACCGUUUCAGUUUUGAUAGCUUAAAAAAAGCUGUAUGUGUAGAUGUGGCUAUCAUUAGCAAGCAGCUUUUCCUUGUAGCCAUGUCUUGACUUAUAAAGGAGCAAAGACUGCCUGA